AUGCCGGCACUGGUUAUGGCGACGCAAACCAAGUCGCUCGGGCGGUCUUUUGCUCUUAUUGUUGGGUUGUGUGGGAGUGUGCGGCGCUCCUUGUUGAACUGGGCGGAAGUAGGUCUAAUGAGACUGGGUCCCAAAAGGCCAGCCACUCCAAGGCAGCCAGGACUCCGAUACGAACCAAGUAGUCCGAAACGGAGCUCGAUUACAAGACUGCGGCCCUCAAGGCUCAAGCGAAACGCCAGCCAUCUCAAGGCAGCCAGGACUCCGAAACGGAUAUCCUGGUCCACGAAGUCGUUGCGAAACGCUUUGACUUAUUCUCACCACCUCAUCUACAUAGACAUGAGUGACAGCAGUUGGCCAGACCGCUGUUUCGUCCAAAACAAGGAGUGCUUUGACUGUCCAAGUCCUGAGCUUUGUCUGUGCUUGUCCUGUGCUUUGACAAUGCUCUCGCCGAGGCCGUGCUCUUACCCUUUGUUGCGCUAUAAAAUCGGGUCUCCUUACCGCCCACCUUCUCAUACCAUGGCCCGCAUCCCGAACUCGACACUUGUCCGAAAAGCAGCUCACAAGACCCCUUCUCACUUACCCAAACAACAUACUAAACCAAUUCCUAUCUACAACAAGCCGAAUCAGGAUGCUAUCCGAGAAAUGAAAAGACAUUGGAACAGGACAAGAUUUCUUCGUCUCAAUAGCUUCUCCUUACGCCGGGCCAACACUCCAGGUCAACAAGGGUGGCAAUUGGCAGAUGACGUCCAAAUCCGGGAUAUAGAUUUGACCGGCAUUCAAGAGCCAGUUGCGGUUUUGGACGAGAAUAAUCAACUCUUAGUGGCAGCAUUCCCUAAGGGACUGACGAAGAAGUCUGCGGAUAUGCUACUGCAUCACAUUAUCACCCUUGCCUACAUCAUCAAAGAGGGUCAUCGCUGGAGUGAUGAAGCUGAGUCGGUCCUGAUAUGGAAUCGGGCACUCGGUAAGCCCUUCUUCAAAAUUGUGGUCACAUUUUUAAAAACACACCGCUUCUAUCGCGAUGUGGCUUCUGUCUCUCACCGAAUCAAUGCCAUGAUCAACGUUGUUGAUCCUGUGGCAUACCGUGGCCUCCAAGAGCUUCGCACCCUCUCUCAGGCUGAACAACAACUCGAACAUGUGGUGUCCACGAUCCUCUCCUCAUGGAGGGUCGGGAAGUAA